AUGUCCAGCAUGGCGAAGUGUGUAAAUUCUCUGUUGAUAAAUCAAUUUUCAUGGAUAGCCAAGCAGAAGAAGCUGAGUGAUAUCGAAGAACACCCUUUCCCUUCUAUUGUCCAGCAUGGCGAAGUGUGCAAAUUCUCUGUUGAUGGUAAGCAAGCGUUUAUUUCUGCGCCCUUUUUCUUUCUAUUUUCUACAUUCUUUCUUUCGGAAAAGGAAUCCAGCUUUGGGAAUCCAGCUUUGGGUAGGUUGUUCAGCUCCUUUGCUGGUAGCAUGAAUCCAGCUUUGGGUAGGUUGUUCAGCUCCUUUGCUGGUAGCAUGAAUCCAGCUUUGGGUAGGUUGUUCAGCUCCUUUGCUGGUAGCAUGAAUCCAGCUUUGGGUAGGUUGUUCAGCUCCUUUGCUGGUAGCAUGAAUCCAGCUUUGGGUAGGUUGUUCAGCUCCUUUGCUGGUAGCAUGAAUCCAGCUUUGGGUAGGUUGUUCAGCUCCUUUGCUGGUAGCAUGAAUCCAGCUUUGGGUAGGUUGUUCAGCUCCUUUGCUGGUAGCAUGAAUCCAGCUUUGGGUAGGUUGUUCAGCUCCUUUGCUGGUAGCAUGAAUCCAGCUUUGGGAAUCUGCUAUUGCGUAAUGUGCAACUCCUCUGUUGAUUGCAUGCUCUGGAGACAAUUUUAUGGACAGAUUUGGGCUACUUCAAAUUUAAAGGCAAGCAGGGAAAAGCUCAUUAGAAUCAAAAUCUUGCUAGUACUGGGGCAUCAAUGCAAGCGUUGA